AUGUCGACGACACCGAACGACCGCGUGGUUGAAACUGCUGCGAAAAGUCUCGAUGAUGAUGACGUCGUUUUAGAGAUGAUUCGCGCGUGUGCGCACAAAAACCAGUGCUAUUCCUGCGGCGAAGAUGAAUCCGUCGUCGACGAGAAAAUCGUCAACGACGAGUGCGCGUACACGUUCGCGUCGCCGUUCGUUCUUUCUCGCGGCGAAAAAGAACAGCAAUGUCGUGGGAUUUUCGUGAACAUGAAAACGCGUCGCGCGGUGAGCAGGAAGUAUUUACGAUUGGAUUCGAGAAAGACGAACAGGCAAGGUUUGUAUCUCGAGAGACGGUUUCGGAAGGUUUUCGAUGAUGUCAAAAUCGAGGAAGAAGAGAAAGAAGAGAAGAGAAAAAGUACUCCUAUUACGAAACUGGGCGUAGGAAUACACGGCGGAUUCGAAGAGGAGGAUUUCGCGAAACCGAAAUAUACAGUCGCGAAGGACGAAAGGAUCGUCGUGUACGAUUGCGAGCGAGACGUGAUCUUGGCGGGAAUGAAGGUGGAUUUUGAAAAGGAUCGUCAAACGGAGGAGGCGCGAAACGACGACGCGUCGUCAAAGUUGCCGACGGUUGUUUUCGAGUGCGCGAAAACCAUCUCGAAAAAGGAAGGUUACGACGCGAAGAAGGACGUGAUGGCGAGUUGGGAGGACGUGCCGAAUGUUUCCAAGUAUAGCGAGAAUUUAGUGCAAGUGAAGAGCGAAGGGAAGACGAGGAUUUCGCCGGAUCCAAAGACGUGGAAAUGUUUUGAAACCGGGGAGACGACGAAUUUAUGGUUGAACUUGAGCGACGGCGUCAUCGGAAGCGGGCGCAGACAUUUUGACGGGAGCGGUGGAAACGGGUCCGCGUUGAGACAUUACCAGAGCGAAAAGACGAAAGGAAACGAGUAUCCGCUGGUGGUCAAGUUAGGCACGAUUACGCCGGACGGGGCGGACGUGUAUUCCUACGCCGCGGAUGAAGACGACGCGGUAACCGAUCCCAAAUUGGCCGAACACUUAAAAUUUUGGGGCAUCGAUAUCAUGUCGCAAGUGAAAACUGAGCAAACGAUGAACGAGAUACAAAUCGAUAAAAAUCGAACGUUUGAGUUCGACGCGAUCACGGAGCACGGGAAGGAUUUAAGAGAAGUCAGCGGUGAGGGGUUGAUUGGAUUGAGAAAUUUAGGGAACUCGUGCUACGUGAACUCCGUCGUGCAAGUGAUGAAAGAGUGCGCGAACGUGAGGAAAGUGUUCGCGGACGAAAAGCAGAAAGAGCACGUUUUUGAAACCGGAAACAGUGGUGGAGCCAAAGCAAUCGAGAACGAUCCGUUGGCGCAAACCGUAAAACUUUUUUCCUCGUUGACUUCCAGCGAGUACGCGCGGACGAGCGAAGAACUCUCGGACGAAACGCAAAAGAAACAAGACUUGCGAGGAUUAGCGGAAGGUUUAGCGCCUCGAAUGUUUAAGCGGUUGAUUGGAGAAGGUCACGCGGAGUUUUCCACCGCACGACAGCAAGACGCGCGCGAGUUUUUCGAGCAUUGCUUAGAGAAGUUUGACAAAUGGCAAAAAGACGGAGUUCGCGAAUCUCGGUUUUUCGCCAACGAACACGCCGGUGGUGUUGCUCUUAGUUCAAUUAGCUCCGAAUUUCAAUUCGAGACUUUAGCAAGGACCGUGUGCGGAAGCUCGCACAAAGCGAAGUUCGAAGUAGGUUCGCACACAGUUUUAGAUAUGUGCGUACCGAGAGAAAAGGCGGUGAAAAUAGAAACCACCAAAGAGGAACUAGAAACGGCCGCGUCAAAAAGACAAAAGAAGGAAGGCGAAGAGGACGCUCCCGCACCGUUAGAAGUUCCGUUUGCGACGUGUUUAGAAACGUUCACGCAAGAAUCUAUCAUCGAAGACUAUUAUUCGCCGGCAAUUCAAGGGAAAACGUUUGCGACGAGGAAGACGUUUUUGAAAACUUGUCCGAACGUGUUGGCUCUGUGCGUGAAUCGAUACUACGUCGGCGACGAUUGGAGACCGACGAAGAUGGAUUGCGUGGUGAACGUUCCGGAAAGACUCAACAUCGAAAGUAUGCGAGUUGACGAGAAAAAAGACGUGGAUGCAUAUGAAUUGUUGCCGGAAGACGUGGACAUGGAUGCGAAUGCGGCGGCAAAUGCAGCCCCGGCGGCGAAUGAAAUCACCGCGGACGACGCGAUUGUCGCGCAGCUCGUCGCCAUGGGUUUUAGCGAAAACGGGAGUAAACGCGCCGCUAUCGCGACAAGCAACGCGAGUGCGGAAGUCGCCAUGGAGUGGGUUUUUGCACAUUCCGAGGACCCAGAUUUUAAUGACCCGCCGGUGACCACUAUGGAUUUGAGUAAAGACGUCGACAAAACGAAUAGCGUUUCGGUCGAAGCGAUUUCGCAACUCGAAUCGAUGGGAUUUUCGAGCGCGGCGAGCCGAACGGCGUUACGCGUGAGUGGGAAUAGCAACAGCGUCGAAGCGGCGUGCGAGUGGCUCUUCGCAAACAUGGACAAUAUCGACGACGCGUGCGCGAAAGCUGAACGCGAGUUGGAGGAGAAAGAACAAGCUGGAGGAGACGCGUCAUCGACCAAUGAUACUACUACGAACGAAAUAAUCGACGGUAAAGGCGAGUACGAGUUAUUCGGCGUGGUCAGUCACAUGGGUUCAAACACGGCGUGCGGUCAUUACGUCGCCCACGUCAAAAAGAACAACCAGUGGAUUCUCUUCAACGACGAAAAAGUUGCGGUCAGUGAAAGCCCGCCCCUCGGAUUAGGCUACUUGUACUUUUUCCGAAGACUUUGA